AUGAAUAUUCACAGUAUAACUUUAUUGGUUAUCUGGAAUAUCGCGAUUUCCAUCUUUGCAGAAGAUAUUUCACAGAACAAGACGACCACUGAAGAGAAAUUCAUUGAUCAAUGGCAAGACAAUGUUUUAUCGCAUGUUUUUUUGACAAAUUAUCUCAAUCAUCUUCUUGUUCAUACAUCCAGAACGGAUUUUCUUCUACGAAAUAACUCUGCUCAAUGCACAUUACAUAUUCCAACAACUCAUUCUUUUCGUCAAACAGUUUCUCAACUGAACAACAACAUUCGCUCGGUCCUACUAGGAAUACAUGCGGACUUCGAUCGUACUCAAAUUCAUCUUAAAAAUAUACCCACUCACUUGAAAUUAAUCCUUCUUUUGAUUAAAAAAGGAAAUCAAACAUUAAUCCAAAGCAAACUACCUCACUUAUUGAAACAAAUGGAAAAUGUAGCUCGUGAAAGUUUAGUUAAGUUUCAAAAUCCAACAGACAAAAUCACUUCUAUCAAAAAUUAUCUUUUGGAAUUAAAUUCUCUAAUAUCGACCAUAGCUGUCGACACGACGAUUGCUCUACAAGUCGAAGAUGUCAAAGAUCAAUGGAUUUCUCUUUCUCAUUUGCUCAAUCAACUAGCAAAUCAAGCUGAAACGAAUAGCAAUUCGAUUAUUCUCCAAUUCAAGUGGAUUUUAGAACAAUUCAUUCAACUUGAUAUUGAUCUCCACCGAGAUUUCGUCAUCAAUCUCCUGAAAACGAAAGUCAUAGAUAUCGAUCGAAUGACCGAUCUUCUGACAAUCAUUUGCGAAACAUUUCAAGAUAUCUCAUCUGAAUAUUCGAAUGAAAAAUUGAUUAAUAACGGACAUUUAAUUUCCCUACCUACAGAACAAGAACGAAAACAAUUCAUUCGACAGUAUCAUUACGAAUUACAACCAGAACUCGUCAAAUUCACUCGUUUAGCAUUAAAAAGACAUGAAGAAUAUCUUCGUCGAGAGCGAGAUCGGCAAAUCACAUAUGAAGACUUCUUAAUUCAAGCGUCACAGUCUGAUUUAGAUCUUUUACUGUCACUUAAUUGA